AGAAAAAAACGAAGGAAAAACAACGGUAUCGUCGUCGUCUUCUAGCUCUGCUUUCUACCCAGAAAAUUUGCAGUUUCUUUUUCUCCACCUUAUCUUUCUACCAUUUUUCUUCGAUGGCAUUGAUACAAAAUCCUGUUCAAGGAACUACUUCCGCGUACGCCAAUGAGAUCGCACAACUUGGUUUUUCUCGAAGCGUGGUUCAGCAACAUAUAUCUUCCCCUGUUUAUUUUCGGUGUAUACCAACUAUUUCAAUAACGCCCACAAUGUGUUCGACAAAGGUCCCCAACGAACGUACAGAGAAAAUGAAUUCUGGUUUGAUCUCAACAAGACACCAAGUAGAUCCUAAGAAAGAAUUGUCUCGGAUUCUGAGAACAGAUGCUGCUGUGAAGGGCAUUGAGAGGAAAGCCAAUUCCGAAAAGUACUUAACUUUAUGGCCAAAAGCUGUUCUAGAAGCUCUUGACGAAGCUAUCAAAGAGAAUCGAUGGCAGUCUGCUCUCAAGAUUUUCAAUCUUCUUAGGAAGCAGCAUUGGUAUGAACCAAGAUGCAAAACUUAUACAAAGCUGUUUAAAGUGCUUGGGAAUUGUAAACAGCCUGAUCAAGCCAGCUUGCUUUUCGAAGUUAUGUUAUCUGAAGGAUUGAAACCAACCAUUGAUGUGUAUACCUCUCUUAUCUCUGUUUAUGGCAAAAGCGAGCUUCUAGACAAGGCGUUUUCUACACUUGAGUAUAUGAAAUCUGUUAGUGACUGCAAGCCAGAUGUGUUCACCUUUACUGUUCUCAUCAGUUGUUGCUGCAAACUGGGUCGGUUUGAUCUGGUUAAAAGUAUCGUUCUUGAGAUGUCGUAUCUUGGAGUUGGAUGCAGCACGGUUACUUACAAUACUAUUAUUGAUGGGUAUGGAAAGGCUGGAAUGUUUGAGGAAAUGGAAAGUGUUCUGGCUGAUAUGAUCGAGGACGGAGAUUCUCUUCCGGAUGUUUGUACGCUUAACUCGAUCAUUGGGUCAUAUGGAAAUGGUCGCAACAUGAGGAAGAUGGAGAGCUGGUAUAGUCGGUUCCAGCUGAUGGGGGUGCAACCGGAUAUCACUACAUUUAACAUACUGAUCCUGUCAUUUGGAAAAGCUGGUAUGUAUAAGAAGAUGUGCUCUGUUAUGGAUUUUAUGGAGAAAAGGUUCUUCUCCCUGACGACUGUCACUUACAAUAUAGUGAUUGAGACGUUUGGAAAAGCUGGAAGAAUUGAGAAAAUGGAUGAUGUAUUCAGGAAAAUGAAGUAUCAAGGAGUGAAACCAAACUCAAUCACUUAUUGUUCGCUUGUUAACGCGUAUAGCAAAGCAGGUCUUGUCGUUAAGAUAGAUUCGGUUUUGAGGCAAAUUGUGAAUUCAGAUGUGGUACUGGAUACACCGUUCUUCAAUUGCAUAAUCAAUGCAUAUGGUCAGGCUGGUGAUUUGGCUACAAUGAAAGAAUUAUACAUACAAAUGGAAGAGAGAAAAUGUAAGCCUGAUAAAAUCACUUUUGCUACUAUGAUCAAAACCUAUACUGCUCAUGGGAUAUUCGAUGCAGUCCAGGAACUCGAGAAACAAAUGAUUUCCUCUGAUAUAGGCAAGAAGAGGCUUACGGAGUGAUGCUUUAGUUUGUGAAUGAGCAAAUCUAAUGCAGAAGGAAUUUAGAAGUUGUGAAUUGUUCCAACUAAGAGAAUCACUUGAGGUGUUUGGAGCGUUGGUUAGCAAGAUCCCAAGAGAGGCAUGGCCAUUACUAAUGAGAAUUUGGGUCGGUUCUGAAAUAACCAAAUCAGCAUUGGGGAGAAAACGUAAUGAUUCCAGUCAAUGUAAGUAAUAAAAGCCAUCACUAGUCUAAAUGUUAUGGUCUAUUUUUCACAUGUAUUAGAAAAUAUUAUCACAUAUUGUGUCUGUAUAUUUUGGAUUUGUUUUCAUCGUAUAGGUUGGGACAGCUGUCUAGAACCAAAACUCAAUUCAAAGUUUUCUUGGUAAAGUAAAAUAUAAUUUUCUUACGCAGGCUCUUUAGACGGGU